UUAAGGUCUCUGAAGUUCUGAUGAAAGGACACUGGGCAGCCAGAAGCAUGGGACAUGGACAUGAACACAAAAAAUUGGAGCUUCCUGAUUAUAGACAAUGGAAGAUAGAAGGUACUCCCUUACAGGAUGUCCAAGAAAGGUUGGCUCGGCGGGGUCUCAGGGAUCCAUGGCUUCGCAAUGAAGCAUGGAGGUUCGUGGGUGGCUUUGCAAAACCUGUCACUUUCAUGGAAGUUAUGGGCAAAGGAUUCAAAUGGGGAUUUGCAGCCUUUGUGGUAGCUCUCGCAGUUGAGUAUACACUUUUCCCUGCGAAGAAAGAUGGCGGGCAUCACUGAAGGCCAUUUGUUUUCUGUUCUAAGUUAUGUAUCAAUAGUGUUUUCUGACUUUGCAUGGAAAGAUGUAUAUUAAAGUUCUUCAAUAAAAAA